GAUUUUAAAGACGCCAAGUAUGACUGGCCAACAUUGUGUAAGAUGGACUCGGAUAACGAUAACCGCACAAACGGAGAAGAACUCGGCGACCCAAAAUGCAUCUGGAAUAACCAUUACAUGACAGAGGCGGUCAGUCAUCCAGGUUAUGCUGAAGACGAGUUUCUAGAUGACGCUGGCAACGUUACUUACGUCAUUAAGAACAGGGAGGAGGAAGAGGCUUGUGGAAACAUUGUUAAGAUAGGGUGUUCGCAAUACACUCACGGAAAGGGGAUAACCACAAAAGAAUAAAAACUUGCAAACCAAAGUGCAGACCCGAGUGAGCUUCAUUAGCACAUUGGAGACAUUAAUGUGAAUUUGACAACUGAAUUGUGCCUUUGCAUUGUUAAUCAUCAAUCGCCAAGAAGUGCAAAGACAAUGACUUGUCAUAAACAAUUAACUAGUACAAGUGAACGCCCUCAGUUAUAGAUAUGUUUUAGACUAAUUUUAACGUUGUGAGAUAUAAUGGUAUAUUAUGACGUUUCUGUAGAACAGUUCAAAUCAUUAAGAUUUCGUCAUCGUUGAAAUGUAAAAUAAUAUAAAAAAUUCUCUCUCCUUUCGUGUUUUAGGAACUUUGCGAAUUAUUUCUGCAUUUAGGAUCUUGUGGUUUAUUGAUUAAUUAGUUGCCGAGAAGGUGUGACACUGCUUACAAUUUUAAUGUCAUCAGUGCGUGCAGUUUAUACAAAUUAUAUAAAUUUUUAAUAUAUGUGG